AUGUUGCAUGCCUCCGUGUUUACUCGGAACCAAACAUACAGAGAAGAAUCUUUGACAACCUGUGAAGAAGAUCGUCCACUCAUUGUUCAAUUCUGUGCCAACGACCCAAACACCUUGCUCAAGGCAGCCAAACUGGCUGAGAACUCUUGUGAUGCCAUUGAUAUUAACCUUGGGUGCCCCCAGAAGAUUGCCAAAAAGGGUCACUAUGGCGCCUUUCUGCAAGACGAAUGGGAUCUACUUUAUAAAAUGGUGAACCUCUGUCAUCGAAAACUACACGUCCCUGUUACCUGCAAGAUUCGUGUGUUUGAGAGCAUUGAGAAGACAGUUAAUUAUACACAGAUGUUAGAAAAGGCCGGUUGCCAGUUAUUGACCGUUCAUGGCAGGACUCGGGAACAGAAGGGUCCUCUUACUGGAUUAGCUAGUUGGAAACAUAUCAAGGCUGUCAAGGAAAAUGUAAACAUCCCAGUAUUUGCCAAUGGAAACAUUCAAUACUUGGAGGAUGCUGACAGGUGUGUUAAAGAAACAGGUGUGAAUGGAAUCAUGUCUGCAGAAGGCAAUUUACACAACCCUGCCUUAUUUAAUGGAGUGAGCCCUCCUGUCUGGGAAAUGGCUGAAGAAUAUCUGGAAUUGGUCGAUAAAUACCCAUGUUCCACUUCGUACAUCCGUGGACAUUUGUUCAAGUUGUUCCAGCAUGCUGUUCAGAUCCAUGAAGACAUCCGGGAAGAAGUGGCCAAAGCUAAAACUGUCCAGUGUUUUAAAUCUGCCACCCAACAGCUUAAGGAGAAAUGUUUGCAUGAUAUCGAACAUAGUAAAGAGGAUCCAAGCAUUGCCCACAAAUUAGGACUACCUCAUCCUUACUGGAUCUGCCAGCCUUAUGUACGACCUGACCCAUCUCCUGUGAACAAGGACUCCAAUGCUACAUCUGAGAAAGGUGGUAAACUAAAGAGACCUCUCAUCGAACUGUCAGUUGAAGACAGCAAUUUGUCCAAGAAAAAACUAAAGAAGAAAUUGAGGAAUCCAGGGAAAUUGUUUGAUGCUGCCCUGAAAAUCAAAUAUGAACGUUGCAGCCUCUGUGCUAACCCCAAGGGUCAGAAAUGUUGCUAUGCUCUCUGUAAGAAUUGCUGCCGAAAGAAAACCUAUGUCGAAAUCUUAGAUUGCUCAGGUCAUCAUUUUUCGUUCAAAUCUCGCUCCAGAACCUAA